GUUGUAUUACUGUUUGUGGUGUUCCCUAAAUUUGUGUUUCUCUUUCAGACCAAGUCAGUGAGCAGAUCAUGCGUACAGGAGUCACACUUCUGCGGGGAUUUAUUAUUGAUCGGACAAAUCGAGGAGCUGACGGUUGUGAGAAGCCUUUAACCAUCACAGAGCUCGGAGGUAAAGAGGAUGAACUAUGUAACCCUGAGGUAAAGCGUCUUGGAGUUUGCCUGCGACAAAUUGGGGAUGACCUCGACAGCAAUAUGGAGUUACAGAGGAUGAUCGAAAACAUUGGCAACCAAUGCCCAAAGGAAAUGUUUUUCAGAGUGGCCAAAGAACAGUUUGCUGAUGGAGUCAUCAACUGGGGGAGAGUAGUGACUCUUUUCUACUUUGCCUGCAAGCUGGUUGUGAAGGCCUUUUGUCAGAAGAUUCCAGAACUGAUCCAAACUAUAAUCAGCUGGACAAUGGAAUAUAUCCGAGAGAACAUUUUGCGCUGGAUUCGGGACCAUGGGGGUUGGGAGGCCAUACUGGGUACACCAACUUGGCAAACUAUUGGCAUUUUCACUCUCGGAGUCAUCACCACUCUGGUGGUGGUGCGUUGGAAAUCUUCCUAGAGCUAUGCUCUGAGCCUGGGCGAGCAGCAGAGGAGUGAAGGGACCCUGCUGGCAUGGGGCAUCUCCUAAUCAAGGCCAUCGAAGCAGAAUCCAGCAAUCUGAGUUCAGUUUAAGCAGAGACCCCCUCAAUCAGGCUUCGGAGGGUGGGGUGGGUUCUCUAUGAGUGAGAGGGUCCAUGUGGAUUCAUUAUGUGGAAGAAAUGGUUUUUGUACUGAGCACUAGAUGUGAGUUCAUCUGAAACUGCACAUGCUUUUAACUGGGUGGAAGGGGCUAAGGGGGUAAGUGACAAGGCCAGGGGUUAGGCAAUGGGAGCAGUGUCAGUUUUAGCUGUCAGCUCUCAAUAGUCUGUACUGUUUUUUCUUACAGAUGGGUUUUCAAUCUGUAGUGAUGCACUGAUUGUGUUCAACUCACUUUAUAGUUAAAAGACUACUUAUUGGCUCAGAUAUGUGCAGUACAUGAAUGCUGAUAUCCCUGGGCAUUGAUUAGCAAUAAAUUGUCUAUCAUUUAAGGCACAUGGAAACUCAGCUGCUAUUUAGAGGGCCUCGGCUUCAUUUUACCAGAACACAUUCCUACUGAUUCACUUCAAACCCACAGUGUCUGUUGCUUGCUUUAGGCAGUGUUAGUUUGCAAAAGUUGUGUGUUUUACAAUGUGAAGGAGCCAUCUUAGAACACUCAGAACAGUGCAAGGAUCUUAUGAUGUAUUCUGCAUAAUGUAAAAUGAUCGACAGUUAUAUAAACUCUUCCUUUUUUGUUUCACUUGUGGAGCAAAGGUAGGAGCUUGUCUUGUGAUCUGAGAUGUGUGGAUUGGUCAUUCAGACAGCAGCUGUGAUUGGACUAUUGGCUAUUACCACCUUCAGAUUAAGUAAUAAAACAUUGCCAAUAAGACAAUUUUUAAACCAGCUGUAGUGCUCCUGAAGAAAAUGAGAAGUUUAUAUAUUGUUGCUGAAGUGUGUAUUUACUUGCAGUGAAGUAAAUCAUAGUGUUAUCACAGUAAAGGAGGAGGCCAUUCAGCCUGUUGAGUUAAUGUCACCUUAUGUCGAGCAAUACAAUCAGCUCUGUCACCACUUCUCUAUCCUAAGUUCUUUUUUACAGCCACCAAAUUACCAGUGUUUCUAAUUAAAAAAUAAUUACUCUCUACCCUAAUAGACCUGCAAGUUUAUUUUGUCCAUUUGCUCAUCAAAUUUCCUUUAGAUUGCCUUCACUUCUUUCACCCUAGUGGACAGUACAACUCAUUGUUUAAACCAAGUUCAGCUUGUCAUUCCCAAAUUCUGAAAUCUGUGUCUCAUUUGUACCAUUGGUUAAUGGGAAAACCUUUUCUUUAUCUACUCUAUCUCAGACUGACAUAAUCUUGCACACUUGUCAUAUUCUCCCUCAGUCUCCUCCAUUCCAAUGAGAAAAUCUACAGUUUCACAAAAUGACUUUGUAGCUAAAACCCCAAUCCCUGGAACCAUUCUGGUAAAUUUCCCACAUCCUCUCCAGGACCCUCACAUCCUUGUUAAAAUGUGGUCAUCAGAAUACACAAUACUCUAGCCUGGGCCUAGCCAGAGUUUUGAAAAGGUUCAGCAUAACCUUUUUAUAUCCACUGCCUCUGUUAAUGAGCUCAAGAUCUCUUGCUUUUUUGGUUAUUCUCCCAAUAAAUCCAGCCACUUGCAAAAAUUGAUGUAUAAAAUGUCUCUGUCUCUGUGCAUGCUCUAAACCUGUGCCACUGAAUCUAUCCAAAAUGCCGAAAAGGAUCAUUUCACACUUCUCCAUAUUAAGUUCUAUCUGCCAGUUAUCUGCCCAACGGCCAGUGGUUGCAGUCACAGUUUAGGACUACAGUUAGACUGAAUUACUGCAGUAUUAGAGCAGGAUUUCCUCCUCCUUAAUCCUUUGUUCUGAAGUGAACGUCAGCUUUACAAAUUAAGAAAAAAAAACUGCCUCUUGAAGCAGUGGAACAUGAGAUGCAUCAGUUUUCUUUGUCUGUUUUCGUGCUUUUCCUUUCUUCUCCCACACAAGCUUCCUGCAUCUUGCUCAGCUCUGUUACUCUGCAGCGUAAUCCUGGUUUGCCCAAUUGGGAGGGAGAUAUUUGAAGCUGAUUACAGGGUAAUUGACCUGAGUUUGCUAGUUGCACCUGAUGCUCUGACUCUCUAUCUACUGUGCACCAAUGGUGAGAACAGCAGUUCUGGAGGGUUAUUUAAAACGAUAGCAGUAGAGGUUUUUAAAACAUGUUUUCCCUUUUCUACUUUUGAUUGGAUUACUAGAAGGAGGGGAGGACUACAUUAGAUACUGAGGAGUGGGGAAAUGUUGUAGCACAGACUUGUCGGCUGAACUAAGAAUUAGCUAGUUUGCUUUUUCAGUGCAGAUAGCUGAUAUAUGAGAAACAUCCAAAUAAUGUACUGCAUAAAAACUAAAGCCAUUUGGUAUUGUAUUAGCUGCAACUCCUGUGCAGUUGCUUCACCUGUUUAAAACCAUUUUUUCAUCUCCGAUAGGAUGUCCAACCCACCUGGAAUAGUUCGUACCCGACAAUUUUGUUCCCUCCUCAGACACUUGGUACCUAUUCUAGAUGAUGGUUUCAUGGUUGUUUGCCUCAGUCAGUGAUACUGUCACCUCACACAACAGAAGGCUGCAGCUGAAGCCACAUUCUGACCCUGCAUUACUGUAGGAGUGCAACAUUGUUAGAAGAGUAUUCCACCUUUUCUAGCAAAUGUCAGCACUAACCAAAAAGCAAGACAUUCUCUCUCUGUCCUAUCUUCCCAGUAAUGUCUGUUUUUAAUUGGUGUCUACAAUUAUCUGAAUAUUAUGUGGUCUUUUAACUAUGGAAUACAAUUACCAUUUAUGUCAGAUCAAGAUGAGCUAAGCUCUCAAGAUUUAUUUACAUUUGACAUCGCAAGCCACAAUCGUCUGUAUCUUUUUUUAAAAAAGCCUCUGACUCCUCUGCCCACACCUUAUCCCUCUGUAAUCCAGGACGAAGUUCCUACACCAGGCAUGUCUUCCUGAUCCUUAACCCAGUGCUCGAGUUCCCUGCAAGCUGAUUCUGUGUUUCUGUGCUUUUGAAGUGUGCUGAGUUAGGCAGACAAUGGAUGCUGCAGAAGUCACACUGCUUUUUUGGUUGAGCAGAGCGAAGAGGACUCAGCUUUUACUUCUGCUACCAGUCCAUCCUCAAUGGACAAACCCAAAGGGGUGCAAGAGAACAUUCAGUCAUUGGACAUUCUUAUUUAUGUAGAACUGAGCUGAACUUUGUGUUUGCUGUGGAGAGACCUAGGGAGGCAGGAUGGUAACAAACUGGUUCAGGCACUGUGUGUCAUAACAGUGAUCAUGUAAAAACGUCAUAAUUAAAAGAAUGAUCACUACCCACCAAUGGUGAAUCUGCCUUUUUAAACAUUUUUAAUUACAAAGCCAAAAUGAGCCUUUAUUCCUGAUGGACACUUACUUGGCCACAGGCACCUUUCUUGGGAACUGACUAAUUUCCCUCAGCCUUUUGUGUAUGUCAUGUUUACUAUCAAAUACUGAUAGAUUGGCAAGGAGUUGUUUGAAAUGCUUUUGAAUGAUUGUUUACAUGUUAAAGAGAUCCAAAUCUGAAAUGAUAUCACAUGCAGGUAUAUCCAUAUUCAGACAUUGAUGGAUAUCGAACACGUGAUAUCUUUUCCUGAUGCCUUUAACUUCAAUGUGUUAAAUUGUUUCAGGUCAAUGAACUCUGUCUGAUGCGUUCAUGCAGGAACUGAUGCAAGAAAGUGUCACCUUUAACGUGCUGAGUGAUUGCAGACCCGUACUCCCUAUAAAAUAAGUCCAUCCCAGAAAAGUACAUUUGAUUGUAGCACUUCAACCUGGGAAACUUAUGGAGAGAUGCUUGCAAUCCAAAGAUUGCGCACGGGUGUGGGAUGUGCGAAAACCCAACUUUGUCAGUUUUACUGGCCGCUGAGUAUCCAGUCUCUGUUCCUAGUUUACUUCUGGUCUGCCAUUGCUCUGACACUGUGUAGCUAAUACUUCAUUCAAUUGCCUUAUCUUUUUAUAUUAAAAAAGUGAAAUAAUUAAAUUAGGAUAUUUCAGAAAAAAUGAAUUUUGUUCUUUUUGGCUUCUAUUUGCAUCUUUUUAACUAAUGGAAAUUCUUGAGCCAGGCCCUGUAUGGGCUUCAUUUUUGGUGCUGUUUCUGAGAUGUGAAAUGUGCUUGGGCUGCAGUGACCUGCUUUGUGUUGAGUGUAGCUCUACGUCCUUCAUGUAGUUUGGUCUCUGCAUAAAGUGCCUCGCUGUUGAACCUGCCCUGUUCAGGACAUAGGACUCGCCUCUUCAUCUGUGCUUCAAUCUUGUGAUUUAUUUAAAUGUUUGACUAAAUAAGGCAUUGGUGCCCUAAUUAUCCUUUGUGGGAUAAUUGUCAGAUUAUCUUUGACAUGUCUUAACUUGGUGAUUUUAUAGUCUUGUAUUAAAUUGCUUGUUUCGAGGUGGCUGAAUAAGUGAUACAACCACUGACUGGCAGCAUCCACAGGAAAUAGUUUGCAAUGAAGAAAGCUACCAUUUCACAGGGAGGUGACCAUCCGAUCUAUUAGCACUUCCCAAGAUAAUCAAGUUUAUAGCCAUUUUAUAACAUACAAUUCUUACAAUCUAUUUCCCACCCUUGCUUGCUGUACCUCACUUCAGUACGGUUUCAGACUGUCACUGGGAUCCUUGCUAUAAUAGCUAUAAGACAUUUGCACAGAUGGGGUCAAACCCAGAACCUUCCUGAUUAGUAGGUAUGCAGUCACCCACCUUUCUUCAAAAUGAUAUGUAUUCUAACACAGUCCUUGAGCAUUUAUUAAACUGGCAUUGAGGUGGUUGUGACCUGCAGUGCUAACAGUAAUUUGGGGUUGUAUCACUGUUCUGUGGUUUCACUGUUUAGCACCCAUAUCUGAGGUAUAAUGUCUUCAGGCUGAACUAUAAAAGCUUUUAAUAUGUAGAAAUGUGAGUGACAAACCUUUAGGAUUCAUUGACAGAGAAUUCUGCUUUGUUUCACUACUGUUAAUAUAUAAACUACCACUUGAAUGUUAUCAAAGGGCUGUUUUUCUACUAUAGUACGUUUCUUACUUUUUGAUUAUUUUCCAGAAUAAACAAUAACUUAAAAAGCA